UAUCUUUCAUCUCUCUCUCUCUCUCUCUUUACAGGGCCAUCAUCCUGGUGUGUAUCGUCUCGCAGUCGUACUCCUCGCAAGCCUGCGCCAAGCAUCUCUUCAUCAGUAUCCUGGGCUACCUGGUCCUCCUGGGCUGCUCCAUUAUCACCGAAGGGGUGAUCGUUUUCCUCAGCCUGAGAGGGACCAUUCUCUAUGUCAGACCGAGACAUCAUAUCAAAACAGUACUCUACAUCAAAGGAACACUUAUAGGAGUCAGCUUAAUAUGGUCCAUACUGAGUAUACGCUGGCUCGUCAUGUCCUACUCGGAUUGUACUAUACAUCAAAUUAAACAAACAGUAUUAGGCCUUAUUAUAUUCCAUUUCAUAGUACUACUAGCCCUUUCUAUUCUCACAUGGUGCGUAUGGGACCGAGCGGGGCAGAGCUUCGUCAAAUUAAAAAAGACGGAGAAGGAACGGAACAUCAAGAGAACAGCCAGCAGGGUCGAGAGGAAUCUACAGAGGGAGCUGAGAACUCAAGCCAAGUAUGAACAGAACUGGGACAAGAGGUUGCGAUUCUGGUUCUGCUGUACCGCUUCGGGAGAAACUCAAGAGAGUGCCUUUUCAGACAUUGCCAUCCUGUUCUCAGAGUUCUUCCGAGACCUUGACGUUGUCCCCACCGACGUCCUUGCUGGUCUGAUGCUACUCAGGGAAGAACAGAAGCAACGAAGAAGAGCCAUAGAGAACUCACCCCAAAACAGUGUCUUCAAGUUCUUGUCGGGUGUUGCUGUAACGCCCGAGACCAAGUUCCUGGACUUACAUAAAGCAGAGGACAUGGAUCUAUUUGAAGAGCUCCAUUAUUACUUCAAGUUUGCUGCAGCAUCGUAUGGUUGGAAGGGCUAUGUGAUGGUCUAUGGUGCUGAGGGGUGCUGCACUAUGACAAGGGAGUGCAGAUGCUGCUGUUUUAAGAGACGUCGCCACUACCACCUGGACGAGACCUCCGACCCCGAUGCCGACAACUGCUGCAUGUGCAACUUUGCCGCCCUCAAGAAGAUGUCGGGCCUGAGCAACAACGACAUCGUCUACGCCACAUUCCACGUCUCGCAUGCUCGUAAGGUAGUUAGACAACCUCGCAUGAAGAGAAAGGUUGCGAAAGCAAGGUCCGCGGCCAAGGUGUGGGAGACGCCAUUCUUCGUAGCAUUGGAUCAUGAGAGGAGUCGUGUUGUGGUGUCAAUCAGGGGCACGCUGUCCGUCGCCGACAUCGUGACCGACCUCAGCGCAGACACAAGCCCCAUCUCAGGUCAAGACGAGGAGUCACCGUACCAGGGUCAUAAGGGUAUGGUGGCAGCAGCGAGUUACAUCAAAAGAAGACUGAUAGACGAUAUGUUACUCCACCAAGCAUUCACUUCAGAUGAGGAAAGAGGAACACCGAAUUAUCAACUGUUGUUAGUUGGUCAUUCGUUGGGAGCUGGGAUAGCUGCCAUCUUGGGUAUCAUGCUGAAACCAGACUACCCCUCACUCAAGGUCUAUGCCUACUCUCCUCCAGGAGGGUUGCUGUGCAAGGAAGCAUCUGAGCAUGCUGCUGAGUUUGUAACCUCUCUAGUGGUUGGUAAGGAUGUUGUAGCUAGGAUCGGUCUAUCUCAGAUGGAAUUCCUCCGAGCUGAUCUCCUCAACUGCAUUAAGAUGUGCAGAGACCCCAAGUGGAGAGUUAUAAUGGGUGAGCUGCUCUGCUGCUGUACGGUCCACUCCAAGAAUCUAGCCCCUGUCGAAGACGUGGAUGCGCCGUCUCCAAAUCCAUGCCGACUCGACAAAGCCUUUCAUCCCACCAACCACGCCCUAGUGCUGUCAACGCACAGCCCGCUCUUUUUACCGGGGAGGGUGCUGCAGAUCGUCCGGAAUAACCACAAGAGAGAGGGUAUCAGCAGGAAAGACUGUGCCUACUACGGUAUCUGGAGGGAUCUAGAGGACUUUAGUGAGGUUCUCAUCUCUCCAGUCAUCAUCAAGGACCAUCUGCCAGGAGGUGUCAUGACUGCUCUCAAUGGGUGCAUGGAGUAUGGCAAGAGGCAUGGCCUACCGAAGCGCUUUUCGCAGGUCGGCAGGACCCCGAUGAGUCCCCCUUCUCCGAGUCAAGAUUUCAACCAACCACCCUCGUCAUCGUCGUCCCGGUCGUCCUACCUCCAAAUGAAGCCAGCCAGAGAGGGUGGUCAUACUGUACAUUUCCAGGAUUCCCCUUCCAAAUCAUCAGGGUCUUCCAAAAAGUCCUCACCUACCAAGAGAUGGGGAAACAAAGCCUCAGAAUCCAACAACAACUUGCCUUCAGAUCUACCCUCAACACCUGAAGAGCGGGUGCCAUUCUUGCCUUAUUCCUCAGCAGAGCAAUCUAUUCCUGAUGAUAAACUAAGAACUAACUCCCAAAACUACCAGCCCAUUGCAACUCUUCCAAACCUUGCCUCAAAUGAGGGCGGUGCACUACACGAGCGUCUGGCCCCACUGGCCAGCAGCGAGUCAUUCACAACGACCGAGUCAGCGAGGUCCUCCAUCUCUUCCACGAGCUACUCGUCCGUUCUCGACCGCUUCCAAGGUUUCCCAAAUACCAAAGACGAAGGCUACUGUUACUACGUCGCAAACGAAUCCCAAUCGACCUUGCAUAACACUACCGAAGAUUCCGGGGAGGACUCUGACAAACCAAACGCAGUCAUGACAACGGCUACCAUAGAAUCAAGGCCUUGUAACCAUGACAACAAGAUGGAAACAUCUGUUAAGACUUCACCAUCCCCGGUUGGACCUUGGAGUUUGUUCCGGGGAGGUAACAGUCAUAUGUUUGAUGAAGAGGGGAACGUGAAAGGGCGUACCUCCACGGAUGAUAGGUACACGUUGACCUAUGAUGGGAUGGAUCUCGACCCCGCUACCGGUAGUGAGGGGGGCACCGAUUCACCCCUCUCAUCAAGACCACAUUCCAGUGUGGGAGCCUCUGCAACCCAACCAUACGUCCCUGAGGCUAAGCUAGGCCACGGCUACACCCAGUACCACCCUGUCAGCCCCGACGGCUUCGACACCGACGACGAUAUCGACGACGAGGCUCUCUUUGCCUCCCUCAGACCAGGGCUGUAUGAGAACCACAGCAAACAACCGAGAAAGAGCUUCACGCUACCCGUCGGGACGAGUCUACCGCUGUACGGAGACGACCUUGAGGUCAAGGAAGGGUCACCGGAGGUUCGUCCAAGGAGGAAGAGGAGGCGGAGCUUGGAUACGGUGUCGUCCGCAACGUUGACGUCGUCGGGUAGUUCCCAUAGUUCACCUCAGCGGCAAGGAGAAACAAAGCCUCUGGCCUCGGGUGCUCUAUGACACUUAUCUUGCACAGGAGAGACAAGAACUCUACCUUCUGAAUGUUUUAUGAAAGAAACUGUGAGAGAAAUGUUAUGCCACAUAGAAUAUUGAAUUAGGUGGGUUUUUUUUAACUGUUGGUGGGUGAACUGCAGUAUUCAUUCGAGAAAUCUGCAGGGCAUAUAUUCUACUAAAUCAGUCAGACAUCCUACAAGACACAGGUCAUAAAGGAAUAACUUAGACUUCUGUCUAAGUUCCUUUGUAAAAAAUUACUUAAGACCAGGUUAAGUUCUCUUGACAUACGAUGCCCACACCAGAGCUCAAGAUUAGCUUUCACGAUCAGUUCUACGGUACAGUUAUGGAAUUAAGGUAAACUUGACCUUUGCACCCUCUAGCCUAAAUCGGAAAAUACGUCGAGAUUUGUAGAAGUGUCAAUAAAGAAUGAUUGCAUUCUUCUGUGGUAAACACGUACAUGUAUAUUCAUAGAUUGUAAAUGACCUGUGUUCAUGCCUUAUAUGAUCAAAACUUGAAUCCUAAGUGCCUAGCUUCAAGCUUCAUUAUCAUUUCUGGUCUGAAAUAAAUUUUGUACUUUAUCAAAUAUUUGUAAUUUCAGAAAAUAAUAUGUUAGGAGCCAGAAGGGAAUCGAUUUAUUAAAGCUGCUCCCAAAAAUAAAAUUUUGGUUACCUUUGACGGGUAUCAAAUUUUUGCUCGUCUGGUUUGUUUAGCAUGAGUUUCAUUCUAGAAAAAAUUCUCAUUGUACUGCACAUCUGGGCCCUGUCUUAUAAAGAGUUGCGAUUGAUCUGAAACAAUUGAAACUCCUCUUAACCAAUCGCAAGUUUGCGGUCCCUAUCUAGCAUGCACAUACCGUAGAUAUGCUUGAUAUUAAUCGCCAUCAAAGUUGCCUUUAAUCGCAACCGUUUAUAGGACAGGGCCUAGAUUUGUUCAAUUCUCCUUCAGUGGUACAAUGGCUCUAGUAAGAUUUGAACCCAUGUCAUGGUCUCAUGGAUAUUCAGUGUUAAGGUUUCAUUUCUUUAAAUUGUGAUUUUAUUAAAAAUCCAUUGCGUUAAUUUUUCAUUGGUCCCCCUUAGUCCAUAGUCACCCUGGACAUCAGCAAGGUACCUUACUAACUUCAUGAUUUAUAUUUGAUAAUUCUGUAUGACGUUUCUUUAAUAAAACAUGUUUAUAUUAGUCCGCAAAUAUCUUAAUUGAAUUGGGAAAAGAAAUAUUUUUAAGUUUUGACACCCUUGAGUUUAUCUACCAUAGUAAAUGCCAAAUAUAUAUGCAAUUUCAAAUUUUUAAAUUAAUUAGAUAGUAUUUAUGAUGAACAUUGAAAGAUAAAUGGUUUGUUAUUUGCUCUUUAUGAUAAUACCAAACAAUGACAUUUAGAACGGUCUUUGGGAGAUAAUUUGUUGGCAAUCUAACAAUUUUCAAAUAAUAUCAUAUUUUCAUAAAGUAUAUGCAACCAGGGAGAAUAAGAAAUUAAAAAUAUGUUAAAGUAUGUGGAAUGUUGUACAUCUACAGAGUUUAACAAUUAGCACAUUGACAGGUACCUUGUUUCAAAACGAAUUAUCGUCUAGAAAAUAUACAUUGGUUCUAUAAAAGCCUUAAUUAUGAAUAGAAUAUCAGUCAUUACUUGUAGGAAUGUAAAAUUGUCUGUACUUUCUCAGGUUUUGAAGAUUAUUAAUCUUUUUUAGUGGAUGAAACUUGCUUGAAAGUUUUGUCCUAAGUGUAUUUUCCAUUGGUUAUAUCUACUUUAAUACAGUACUACUUUACAUAUACUAGCUUCUUUUUUUAAUAUCAUGCAAGUACAGAUUGAAUGAAAUUAUUCAAUGCAUUCUCGCAUGUGUAAAUUAAAUGUAUAUAGAGUUAUAUAUUUAAAAGAAUAUACAACCCAUAUGCAAUAGCUUGUAGUUAGAAAAAUAGAUAUUUUCAAAUAGUUAUGAAUUACACUGCAAUGAAUUUGUCAAUUUGUCGUGUACAUGCAAUUGUAUUUUGUAUUUGUCAUUAUUGAUGUAUAUAAUUCCUUUAUUGUUUAUAAAUGUUACAGGCCUUUGUGAUUUGUGAAGAAAAUGUGAAAAAAUGUGCAAAUUAUUUGUCAAUCAUUCUACUUGAGUUCAAAAUAAAGCAAAGUCAGAGCAUGUCCCCCAACAACUGAUUGAUAAUCCAUUGAAGAGAUUAACUUUUCUUAAUGAAUUUUAAUAUAAUGGUAUGCUUGACAACUUCAAUUUCUACAGCAGAUAAUACUAUACAUAUAUUCCAAUAUGUAUUAUUCCUGUGCUGACUUAUAGUGGGAAAAGAAGCAGUUGCUUCUUAGUUUUGCAGAUUAAUUUCCCCUCUCCAAAUUAUUGAGUACCUUUUCACUUUUUACCCUUGCCAUUGCACUUGUUGGCAAUGCAUGUUAUAGCAGAAUAAAACAAAUGUUCUAUAAUUGUACAACUGCACUGUAACAACCUCUGUCUAACAAUUCUGUCCAAUUGUGUUAUUCUUGAAAUAGUGUUUAUAAAUCAUAGUAAAUCCUUUCAAUCUUUGUAAUACAGACUUUGGAUUUACUGUAGAUCUCUUAAAAAGAUGCGGUCAUUGAUGACUUCUCAUGCACAGCUUGUAUGUUCUAUUAUUUCUUCUUUUUGUGUAAUUAAUAGGUAAUAUAUUAUCUUAUGUCUUCAUAGUCAAUCUGAUGAUUAGUUAAUUUUUUAAUUAGCAAUAAAUUGAAAAAUUGUGAUAUUCUAUUGUAAAUUCGUAUUCACUUGCUAUAUUUGUACAGCUGAUUAAUUAAAAAAAGGGCCAAAGAUAAA